UCUUGCAGGACUCGCAUGGACGAAACCGCCCCAGUGUUUUCGUUUCGCAAAAAUGUCAGGACUAUCAGAAACAGAGCGUGCUGGAUUUACGAAGAUACUGAGCCUAAUGACAAAAAGCGACUUACUGUCACUCAGUGAUACGGUCACGAAUAAGAUGAUAGUCGUGGAAAACAUUACGGAAGCUAAAGAAACCAUUCUCUCCUUCACUAAAAAUGCCGAAGAGCUCCUGAGGAGGAAAAAGGUUCAGCGUGACCUGAUAUUCAAGUACCUGGCUACAGAAGGCGUGGCGAUGCCCCCAAACAGCGAGAAACACAUGCUUAUAAAGAGGACCCUGGAGCUGUGGUCCUCUGUAAAGGUGGUGGAUGAAAACCCUCAAGGAGAGGCGGCUUCUGAUUCCUCAGAUGUGAACUGUGGGAUGGGCUUUGAUCCGCUGGUCCUCGGCCAGCAGUUCUGUCAGUGGUUCUUCCAGCUGUUGAACAGUCAAAACCUUUCACUUGGCCAACAGCCCCAAGACUGGGGACCACAACAUUUCUGGCCUGAUGUGAAGUUACGUCUCCUCUCCAAAGCUGGCAGUGAGCAGAUGGAGGAGUUUCUGGGUGCUGAUCUGGUUAGUCUUCGAUUCUUGGCACUGACCAGGGAUGAGCGUCUCCUCUUCAGUCCCAAUUUGGAUCCCCAUGGCCUCAAAGCCUUGACCUCUCCUCAUGGCUUGGUGUUGGUGGCUGUUGCUGGGACUAUUCACAGAGAUGCAGUCUGUCUGGGAAUCUUUGAACAAAUAUUUGGCCUUAUCCGCUCUCCUCUGGACAACAACAGCUGGAAGAUAAAGUUUGUCAACCUGAAAAUCAGAGGGCAGGAUGCUCUUAGUGGGACAGAUGUGGCAGCACCUGCUUUGACCUACAAUUCCAGUGAACUGCAGCUUCUCUGUAGCUGACAGUCAAGAUAUAUUAGUUUUAGAUUUAUUAGUUUUAUUUCCUUUCACAUUAUUUAUCCAAAAGUGGUUUGAAGGUGGUUUGGCCUUUUUGUUCUACUCUACACUCAUCUUAUUUGCAUGAACACUUAUUUUCUGGGCAUUUGGGACCUCAUAUUGCAUCUAAUAACUCAUCUGACACAACCCUAUCUUCUAACUUAUAGGCGGUCAUGCAAUAAUAUAAAGGUAGGCUCAAACUGAUGCAUUUAAAUUGAAUAUUUACAUCAUAACAUGCAAUGCAGAAUUCUCAAAGAUUAUCCUAGAAGGUAAAUGGAUGGGCUGCUUUAAAUAUACUGUACCUUUUUGCAAAGCAUGUAGUGCUUUGAAAGCCUGUGCCUUAUGUAAAAUAUGUUGAAUGUAUACAUUUGUGGUAUAGUGACAGUAAUAGUGUUGCUCAAAAGAUCACUUAGAAAUGUGCUUUUUUUAGGGGGAAAAAAAGCACAUUUAAUUUUAUUUCAGCUGUAAAAAUGAAAAGAGAUGUAAGUGACUAUGAUUUUUAAUUGGGUAUGUUCAUACAGAGCAGCCAGCAUUUCAGUGUCGCAGCAGGACAUUGCGAUGCCUAAUGCAGGUUUAUAAUGCUAAUAUGCUUUUUUCUGAGAUGGCACAAGUGAAAGCAGUUAUACUUGUUCAAACAACAAUAAGCGAGAAUAGGUAUCAGCCUUUGUAGGUUUCAUUGUCUGAACAAAAACAACCAAAUAUCUUCUGAAACUCUUCAGAUUAUACUUGUUUGGAAACAUUAAUGCCAUUUCAUGCAGACAGUUGUUAAAAUGCAUCUUCCCUCACAGAACACAGCAAACUAACACAGCAGUUUUAUCUGUGCCAACAUAACCUCAAAGGAUUUAACAUAAACUUGCAUUAGGCAACAUAAUGUCCCAACAGAUGGUUGUAGAAAAUGGGCACCUGUGUGAUAUGUAGGCAUUUUAUUCAAGGUGUUCACAGUUCCUUUAAUCAGUGCCAUUCACAACAUUUCUCAAUAAUUUACUGUUGGAUUAAAUUUAAUUUUGAAUGUGUUUUUUAAAAAAAAGUUUUAUGAGUAACAAACCUUUGAGAUGUAAUGUAGCCCUUUAUUAACAAAUAAAUAUCUGUCUUUAUGUGACACUACAAAGUCAAGCAGUUUGCUUUCAUGGGAUGAAUUGAAGCUAUCCCACAAUGUUUACAGAUAAACAGUCUGUUAGAAAUACCAACAGAGUAACAUAGUUCAGAAAAAGCUCUGAUUUGAGCAUGUCUAAUAUUUAGGCAAAUGUGCAUAUAAAAAUAUUAUAAUUUCAGCUAAUUUGUUCCUGUUCAGUGCCAGGUGUUAAGUUGUUUAAUUAAAUGGCUGGAAGUUGGCGAUUGGAAAACAUUGCUGUGAAACUGACUCUCCUUAAUGAGCUGAAUUACAAGUCUAAAUGGUGUUUUUUUAAUUUUGCUGUUUUAAGGAUCUCCCAGAACAGACAGUUAUACUUCUUUUUUCUGCUGCUUCCUUUAGGGGCCACCAGAGUACCUCAUCUGUUUCUAGCUCACCCUGUCCCUACCCUCCUCAGUGUCUGUCACAUCAACCCUCUGCAUGUCCUGCUUCCCUACAUCCAUUAAUCUUCUCUGUGGUCAUCCUGUUUUUCAUCCUCCCUAUAGCCCCAUAUUCAACGUCCUUUGUCCAGCAUAUCCACUCUCUCUCCUCUGCACAUGUCCAAACCCUCUCAAUCUCGCUUCUCUGAUCCGCUUAACCUGAGCUCUCCCUCUGAUGUACUUAUUUCUAAUCUUUUCCAUCCUGGUCACUCGCAAUGAAAAUCUUCAACUCUGCCACCUCUCAGUGUAAUGCAUAUACCGCUGAAUCACUUGCAGGACGACUGUUUUUUUGGUACCAAACUCGUCAUCCUACUAUUCCCAGCGCUUGUUUAGAAAAACUGGCUUUGUGGCAUUUUUUAAAUUGUGACCAAACAGUGCAGCUGUGGGCAAAAUAAAAACAUACUGCACUUUUUCUGUUUUUCUCCCCUGGACUCCCUUUUGUCUAGAAAUUGUGUGAGUCAGCACAACGUUUGCAUGAUGAAUCUAAGACAAAUUUAGCUCAGGUUAAACCACUACAGUGACAGUCAAACAGAUGAUGUCCUUGAAUAUUAGAGAGAUAACCUCAAUGAUUAGAUGAUCAUCUAUGAGCAAGCACUUGGAAGUGGCAGAAAGGAAGACCCUUUUAAAAGGAAGCGACCUCUGGCACAGGUCUUAGGGAGGGACAGUCAUCUGUUUCGGAGAGAGUAGGAGAAUGUAGAGAGACCCCGACCAAAACAUAAAGCAUUUGAAAGAGUACACAAAAGUUGAUGGCAUGCAGUAGUACUAUAUGAAUGCAUCAGGAGUAAAAAGAUGAGUUGAAAAUUAAUGCAAUCAUGUAAGCUUCCAGCUAUCAUAGCCUGCCAUUUCUGCUGUUCGCUCUUAACUUUUAAAACUCAAAUCUCCACAGGGUUGAUGUCUGAGAUGUUGUGUCAGCAGUUAAUGUCUAUAUAUUUAGCCACUUUCAUACUCUUUGAGUAGGUUUGAUUGGACACAAGCUGCCACACCACCCUGGAAGGAUUUUACUGGUUGGUCAGACGUUUCAUAUAAAAAUAUACAUUUACUACCUAUGGUCAGGAAAAAAAGAAAACUCAGUGCUAUUGGGCUUGACUUUUUUAUUGGACCAAAUUGCACAUGACAUAUGAAUUCAUCUAGACCUGCUUCAGACAGCUGAGGAUUUGAAAUUUUGCUGGACGGGAUGAAGAAAACAGGUCGCUUUUCCACACAAUGUGCCUAAGAUCAUUUUACAUGUUCAGACUCACCUGCGCUGAUAUCGCAUUAUCAAGUAUAUGUGCUAUAUACUAAACAUAUGACCUGUAUCAAUGCUUCUUUGCAUUUUUCCCUGCAGUUUGUUCUAGUGUGACUUUUGAAAAUAGUUUGGCAAAGCUUGUUAAUACUCAUGGUACAAACUGGGUCACAUUUGAGCAACACCUGAGCAACAUCCAGUUUUUGCUUCUUGCUUCUAGAUGUUUUUUUUUGUUUUUUCCAGCCAGACAAUUA